UGGCUUAAUCAAGACAGGUGCAUCAGCUCCUAUAUGGGAUAUGUGGGGCGAGGCAGUGGCUGGAACUCGUUUGGCAGCUGAGGGAUGUCAGCGUCAACGUCUUUGGUUCUUUUGCCGUUCCCUUCGCUGUGGCAAGGUGGUUGCUUUGCAGCCCACACAGCCUCGUUUUAGGCAAGAGGAAAGAGAACCCAGAUGGAAGGGGAGAGUGGUGGCCCCCAUGUCAGGAAGGCUACACUCACAGAAGUCUCCAGAAGAAGGAUGCUUCCAUUCCACUGUCAAGAGCUAAGCUGCCCUAAGUGCAAGGAAGGCAGGAGAAUGGUGGCGUUUUCAGCUGGGUGCAUUUCCAUCCCCAGCAGCGUCUGAACUCUACUGGUGAAAUGCAGGAAAAAUGAAUACAGAACUGGCAUUCUCAGCCACACGUAGCUUGCAGGGUAGUUUUGACAAUUGAAGGCACUCACUGGCACCCAGAAAGACCUUAGCAAGCUUCCUGGCUGUUAUUGCUUUUAUUUAUUUCUAGGUGCUAAAAAAUAUGGAGGGCAGGGGGUUGGUCAGCUCCAGCCACGUAUUUAGCUCUUCUUUAUCCUCCUGAGCAGAGGAACCCCUUCCUACCUCCCCUUCUGCACUUUAGAGAGACACAGCAGGGCUGAGGGAUGCCAGUGGGUAGAGGUCAGAGGUCAAGAGACAGCAAAAGGCCAGAGCCCUACCAAUACCCCCGUUCUGCUCAGGGACCCUGGCCCCAAGCCUCCUAGUCAGGGACUGUGUGGGAGCAGGUUGGUCCCUUUCUGGCUGCAGAGAAGCUCUGGGGCCUGGGUGAGGCCCCUCUGCAGUGAGAUGACACCCUCAGCUGAUAAUCACACCAGUGCCACCUCCUCAGUUGGUGCUGGGAGCUCAGGAGCGAUACCCACCCUGUCCCCACUCCUCCCAGCCCAGGGAGCCACUGGAGCCCUUCUGCCUCUGGGAACAGUGAGUUCUGGGGGCCUGGUGAAGGGGCUGGCCUGCAGCAGGGACAGGGUUGGGGCUACAUGAGGAGGCAGACCAAGACACCAGGGCUAAGGCACUCUGGCUGCCCUGGGGCUCUAGGCUGAGGGCUGAGGGCUGAGGGGCAGGCAGUUCCCAGAAAGGCUGGGAGAGCCAGAGGCAGGGACAGAGAGCACAGGAGAGAAGGACAGGCCCAGAGAGGCCAAGACACUGGGGACAAGCCAAGACCAAGAGGAUAAACGCUGUGUUUGAGAGACAGACACAGAUGGACCAGGAGAGGGGAGUCCUAGAAAAGGAAAGGCACUGAGUGUCAGGCUGAGGAGGGGCUGGCAGAGGAGGUGGGGAAGCAGGCUGUGGGGGUGCCGCCCACACAGUGGCAGGCAGGGCAGAGCCCAGGGCAGAAGCUGGGCAUAUCAAGCCGGGCCCAAGGAUGGCAGGGCACAGCCCUGGCCCGAGGCUGCAGGAGUGCCAGCACAGCUGUGGGAAGCACCUGGGCAGCAUCAUCAGCAUCUUCUUCUGCUUUAUCUCUGGGAACCUGGCUCGAGAUAGCAGUGACAGUGAGCUGGAGCUGUCCACGGUGCGCCACCAGCCAGAGGGGCUGGACCAACUGCAGGCCCAGACCAAGUUCACCAAGAAGGAGCUGCAGUCCCUCUACAGGGGCUUCAAGAAUGAGUGUCCCACGGGCCUGGUGGAUGAAGACACCUUCAAACUCAUUUACUCACAGUUCUUCCCUCAGGGAGAUGCCAGCACCUAUGCACACUUCCUCUUCAACGCCUUCGACGCCGACGGGAACGGGGCCAUCCACUUUGAGGACUUUGUGGUUGGCCUCUCCAUCCUGCUUCGGGGCACAGUCCACGAGAAGCUCAAGUGGGCCUUUAAUCUCUACGACAUUAACAAGGAUGGCUACAUCACCAAAGAGGAGAUGCUGGCCAUCAUGAAGUCCAUCUAUGACAUGAUGGGCCGACACACCUACCCCAUUCUGCGGGAGGAUGCGCCAGCAGAGCACGUGGAGAGGUUCUUCCAGAAAAUGGACCGGAACAAGGACGGGGUGGUGACCAUUGAAGAAUUCCUGGAGACUUGUCAGAAGGAUGAGAACAUCAUGAGCUCCAUGCAGCUGUUUGAGAAUGUCAUCUAGGACAUGUCAGGAUGGGUGCAUGGCCAUGGCCACCUCCACCCCCAAGAAACCUCCAUCCUGCCAGGAGCAGCCUCUGAGAAACUUUUAAAAAAUAGAUUUGCAAAAAGUGAACAGAUUGCUACACACACACACACACAGCCAUUUAUCUGGGCUGGCAGAGAGGGACAGAGAUCAAGGAGGGGCUAAGUCUGGAGCCCCUCCUGUAGUCGAAGUCCAGGAGCCCCUGCCAGCCCUCCCCAAACCAGUGAGCCGAGGCUGCCUCUUGGUGAGUGGCUGACAGAGCAGGUCUGCAGGUCACCAGCCACUGGAUGUCACCAGGAAGGGACUCAAGCACCCCUGCAGGGGAGGGCCCCAUCUCCGGUGUGAGCCCACCUCACCCUAUUCUCCACUCUGCUUUCUUGCCACACAGUGGGCCAGUUCCAGGCCCCCCGGCCUCCUCCCCACAGCCUCUCCCUGCCCACUACCUAUGCUUCUAGAAAGCCCCUCACCUCAAGACCCUGGAGGGGCCAGCUGAGGGGCAGGAGAGAUGGGGUGAUGGAGGCCGAGCCUGCAGCUUUCUGGAAAUGCUUGCCUGGGGCAGGCUACCCACUGUGGGGCAAGCUUGGGUGGUGAGGGGCCACUGGGCCCCUUUCUGUCUCCGUGGCAGGAAGGCGGGGGUUUGAAGCUUGGGGAUUGGGUCUUAGUGGAGAAUUUGAGGGCACUCUGCCAGCUCCACAGGGUGAGAUGAGCCUCUCCUUGCCCCAGUCCUGGUUCAAUGGGAAUGCGGUGGGUGGGGUUGUACACACCCUCCAGCACAAACUGUUCCCUCCGAGGUCCUCUUAGGUCCCGGGAGGAGGCACGUGGUUCAGGGACUGGCCUCCAGGGAGCCUGGGCAGAGCUCAGGGGCCUGGAAAGGGGCAUCUCCCUCCUCUUCCUGCAGCACCCCUCCUAUGGCCCAAUGGCUUGGCUGAGCCCCACUUCAGAAGCAGUGUCACCGUUCCUCUGCCCAGGCUUGCCCCAGCCUUGCACAAAAAGCACAAGCACCCCUAACAGCUCAGGCAAAGCCCUGCUGGGAGCCAAGCACACUGCUUCUCAGAGUCAGGCCCUCCUGCUGGCUGAGGCUUGGGCCCAGUAGCCCCAAUGCAGUGGCCCUAGGGAGGACGCCUCGGGGGGGGGGUCUGCUCUGUGCCUGAGAGCAGUGGGGCCCCAAAGGCCAGCCCUAGCCCAGCCUGGCUGACCAACAUUCAAAAGCACAAAGUUUGGGGACUCUGCUUGGCUGUCCCCUCCAUCUGGGGAUGGAGGAUACCAGCCCAAAGCUGGAGCCAAUGGUAAGGGCUGCGGAGCCUGCAGUUGGGGGAUCAGCAGAAACCGUCCUGCUCACUCCUGCUGGGGCCUCGAGGAGAAGGAACCUGGUCCCAGGCAGCACGGCCCCUCCAGGAACAUUCCCAUAUAAUACAUUCCAUCGGCAGCCACCCCAGCUCCACUCAGGCCUGGCCCCAGGUGCCCCAGGAGGCUAGCACCAGAGUGAGCAGACCCUCAGAGGAAAGGUGGUAUGGCGGAGGCUAUGGGAGCCCCUCGGCAUUCACGCACAGCCUGGCCUCCCCCAUGGAGCUGCACUGACGCCAGGCUCCAGGCCCACUGGGAGCCUCUGCCUCCAGGAGGGCAUCAGCUUUCCCUGGCUCAGGGAUCUCCUCCCUCCCCUCACCCCUUGCCCAGCCCUCCCAGCUUCUAGGGCCAAGGCCUCAGGAGAGUGUCACCACCACGCUCCUGCCCGCCUUGGCCUCGGAGCCAGACUGGCUGCACAGCCCAACCAGGAGGAGCCUCCCACACUGGGACACAGACCAGCCGCAUGUCUGCAUGGCAGAAGCGUCUCCCUUGGCCCCGGCCUGGGAGGGUGGUUCCUGUUCUCAGCAUCCACUAAUAUUCAGUCCUGUAUAUUUUAAUAAAAUAAACUUGACAAAGGAGAA